CUACCUGGUUUCUAUCACUCUCAUCCUAUAUAUGACACCCUGGUUUCUAUCAUUCCAACCCUGUAUUUGACUACCUGGUUUCUAUCACUCUCAUCCUAUAUAUGACACCCUGGUUUCUAUCAUUCCAACCCUGUAUAUGGCACCCUGAUUUUGAUCACUCCAAUCCUAUCUACGACACCCUGGUUUCUAUCACUCUCAUCCUAUCUACGACAUCUUUGUUUCUAUCACUUCCAAGUGUAGUUACUGUAUUAGUAACCCUCACCUCUAUACUGAUUGGAAUUACUCGACUAACUCGCUGAGACUCGUCCAUGAUUGGUACUUUAUCACCCACAUGUAUACUGAAUGGAUUCUUCCUCGUUGCUCUCGGAGACACUUACGUCAUUAGUACGUGUUUUUUCUCGCUCAGUUUUCAUGCGAUAAAUUUGGGGUCGAUUUGUUCACCCCAUAAUAAAAGAUAAUAGCGUUCCCUAAAAAUUGUGUGUUCGGAUGAUAACGUUUCAACGUGUCCAAGAUGAACGGUGUGUUGGCUUUGUACACCUCAUGAUAAAGGAUACCUGAAAAUUGUAUGCUGUUUCUGAUUAAGAGCUAUGGUUUCUGGGUACUAGAGACUUGCUUAAAUUUAUGCUCCCAGACUCUCAACUUCUUAUCGUCACACAGCGCCCCCACUAGUGGUUGGACGAGCAAAAUUAACAGCCGAAGGAAUAGCAUUACUAUGGAGCCUAAAGUGGACAGCCACACACCAGAAGAGGAGUUGAAAAAGGCUCUAGAGUGGGAGCUCAGUCUCGACAAUAGCGACCUGAGAAGUCAUGCCUGGUACCAUGGAACUAUUCCACGACAGCGAGCGGAAGAACUUUUGAAAGAAGACGGUCAAUUUCUCAUAAGAGACUGCAUCUCUCGACCAGGAGAUUAUGUGUUGACAUGUUUAUGCAGACGAACACCCCUCCACUUUGUUAUAAAUAAGGUUGUUCUUCAACCUUAUACAGUCUAUGAGAGAGUCCAGUACCAGUUUGAAGAUGAGUGUUUUGACACUGUUCCAGAUAUGGUUACAUAUUAUGUUGGUAAUAAAAAGGCAAUUUCUUUAGCUUCGGGAGCUGUGAUAUCUCGACCUGUGAAUCGCAGUAAACCACUGUCUUACUAUGCAUCUCGAUAUGGACUAGAGUGUCAGAUGCAUUAUGCUGUAAAAGCUCUAGAACAGAGUUCUUCAGACCAGAGGGAUUAUGCAGAACAGCCUGUUGUAAAUGCAAGAAUAUCACAACCACCAGAUAUACCUCCAAAAAUAGGGAACUGUGAUGCAAAUAACUCUCCUCAUGGCUCACCAGUUUUGGACACAACACACAGCAGUAUCACAGCAUUUGCAACUCUACGUCCACAUCAUUAUCAGACUGUAACUCAGAAGAUGGGUAUUAUGAGAGUAGGUAGUGAUCCAAACCUUAGUCCCACUAUAGAAAAGAAACGCUGGGAAUGGAGACCUAGCUGUUCCAGAAGUUUUGGUUCAGCCAGUAUAGACAAUGAUCAACCACCACCUAAACCAAGUCGAGUUCCAUCAUUCAAGUACACCCAGAAUGCACCUAUCAUUAAACAAACUGAAGGUUGGCAUUACAGUGGAACAGGAAUAUCUAUUUCUGCAAAUGAACAACGAGAAAAUGGAGAAGAACCAAACAAGAAUUUUUCAGAUAUCAGAGACUCUACAGCAAAAUCUCAAGACUCUAAAUCAGAUGAUUUGCUUAACUUUUUCACCUCAAAAAAGAAGCCUAAUGAAAAAGUGAAACAUAUGUCUUUACCAAGGAAAUUUCAUCGUGCAACCUCAGGAGAAACCAGAUUUUCAUUCCUUGAUUCUCAGAAUGAUGAUUCUGAAUUUGCAGCUAUAGAUAGCAGUGUUGUCUUAACAAUCCCAGAUUUGAAUCCUCCCUCCCAUUUUAAUUUAUCUACUUUUGGCACAUGCUUGUUAUCUGCAGACAACAAACCUCUAGAGAGUUCCACCUUACUCAGAGUACGGCAUCUGUUGAUGGAAAAUGGACCUCGAGUUUUAGCUAACCACUUGACUAAGACUGACCUGGAGGUUUUAAAGAUAAGUUCCAGGCAUAAUCUGGGGUUGAGAGUCACAUCAGGACUGGAACUGCUUACUCUACCUCAAGGAGCUCAGCUACAGCUUGACUUGCUGGACAGGUUAGAGUGUCUAAAGUAUUUUGUUGCUGUAACAAUACUUACUUGUGGAGGUGAGGCAGAAAGAGCCAUGGUUCUCAACAAAUGGAUACAGGUAGCUAUAGACACCAAGACUGCUCUGGGCAACCUCUUUGGGUUUACUGGAAUAAUGAAAGGAUUGGUACUUCCACAGAUAACUCGUCUACGAUCCACUUGGUUUGCUCUGCGUGCUAAUUUUACAGAAAAUGCUUUAACGUAUGAAAGCAAACUGAGGCCAACAUUAACAUCAAUGGAAGAGUGUUCUAAUCCCCUAGCCCCUAACACGUGUAUCCCCUAUCUUGUGUCCUUAAUCACUAUACUCCAACAUCACAAGGACCUGAAUGUGAAGCAGGAAAUACAACCAGUUGAGGAGAAACCCAAUACAGACAGCAAGGAAGCAGAGAAACCUCUCACUUUGGGGCUCCCAUGGGAACAAAAAGCUGCUGAUUAUGGACUACAGCUACUGUUCACCCAUCUUGAAAUGGGAAGGACCUAUAUUCAACAAAAUUCCACCUUUAAGAGAAAUAGUGAAAUUGUCCUUGAAAAUGUCAAAUAUGAUAAACAGUUAUUAGACAUGUUCAAAACAGAGUUUCAUUUGAGAUUUUUGUGGGGCACUAAAGGGGCAAUGGUUGGAGCAAAUGAGAGGUGUUCCAAAUUUGAUCAACUGUUAAAGAUCAUAUCAGAGAGAUGUGAAAGUCACUAGCUACCAACAUUUUAACAAAAAAUUG